GCUUUUUUCGCUACUAAAUUGCAUCCUAUCUUUAAAUAUUUGUAAAAUUACUCUAAACGUUGAUUAAUGGACAAAUAGUUUUUAAUUAAUAGAGAGCCGCACGACAAUGGGAAGCUACUGCUGACAGAUGAACUUUGAAAUUGCUUAAAUUUGUGGCAUCGAAGAUCUUUGGGCGUCAUUUAUAUGGAAUGAUUCUCAUAUAGUACAUACUUUCUAGUCAGUGCAGGAUGAAGACGACAUAAUUCCAAAUUUACCAUAUUUCCUUGAUUAUUGAUUGACAUAUUCACGUCGACACGACAUAAUCUCAUCAAUUUGAAAAAAUGCUCAGAAUGAAUCCGAAAAGAAAUCCUGUGCGGCCGAUAUUAGCGUCUGUGGUGCGCCUUCAAUCAAUUCCACUUGUUCAUCAGCGAGGACUUGCCAUGCUUGUCGCCAGAGUUCUCAGAUCAGCGUUGAAGCUGAGAUAUAUAGUUCUGGGUGGUGCUGCUGCUGGAACGGUUAGCCUUCAUCAGAGUUAUCAGAAUUGGAAGGAUUCCCUCCCUGAUACAUCUUGGUUAAAAGAUUUGAUGCCUCCUCCUGAAAAAAUAGAUGCUUGGCAAGGGUCAAUAAUCGAGUUUAAAAAUAAAGUCAAGGAUUUUGAAAUCGAUCCAGAGACCAAGGCAUUAGGUCAAAAGCGCUUAGGGGAAUUCCGUCAUUGGUUUGAUCAGCGAUUAGACAAAGCAAUUAAGGCAACCGAGGAUGAGACUACUGCACAUAUGUCAGAAGAGACACACUUGACAAGAAAUUCAAACGGAGAUGCAAUAGUUAUGAGCCCAGGGGUGCUUCAGCGAAUGUCAGUUGCGGCAGAGAAAGCUGCUGGAAAAAUCCAUAAUCCUGCGGAAAGAAUAGAAUCCCUCUAUGCUCGACUGGAGUCGUUACAAGACGAGUUAAUCAAGGUUCAACUAAAGUAUCAAAAGGAGAUAGAAAAAUUGGAGAAGGAAAACAAGGAAUUAAGGAAACAAAUUUUGUUACGUGGAAAAGAUGUUCAAACUAGAAGAAACAUUAAGAAAUCCUUAAUUGACAUGUACAGUGAAGUUUUAGAUGAAUUGGUGGACUUUGACUCGUCUUACCGAUCUGCAGAUCAUUUGCCAAGAGUUGUCGUAGUUGGUGAUCAAUCUUCUGGUAAAACUAGUGUUUUGGAAAUGAUUGCAAAGGCUCGAAUCUUUCCUCGAGGAGCCGGAGAAAUGAUGACAAGAGCCCCAGUUAAAGUUACCCUAAGUGAAGGACCCUACCACAUUGCCCAGUUUAAAGAUUCAUCUCGAGAAUUUGAUCUCACGAAGGAAACGGACCUUGCGGACCUCAGACGUGAAGUUGAAUUGAGGAUGAUGAACAGCGUCCGAUCCAGUGGGAAAACAGUUUCUGAUCAAGUCAUCAGCAUGACAGUAAAAGGACCAGGCUUGUCAAGAAUGGUCUUAGUGGACCUGCCAGGAGUGAUUUCGACACAAACAAUUGAAAUGGCCGAUGAUACCAAAGAGUCAAUUUUGCAAAUGAGCAAGCAGUACAUGUCCAAUCCUAAUGCUAUCAUCCUUUGCAUUCAGGAUGGUUCAGUGGAUGCUGAAAGAAGUAAUGUUACAGAUCUAGUCUCACAAAUGGACCCUCAUGGAAGGCGAACCAUUUUUGUACUUACCAAAGUAGACUUGGCUGAAGAAAAUAUGUCGAACCCGGACAGGAUUCAAAAAAUUUUGUCUGGAAGUCUUUUUCCAAUGCGGGCCUUGGGAUACUUUGCAGUUGUUACUGGAAGAGGAGGAAAAGCUAGCGACUCGAUUGAUCAAAUUAAACAACAUGAAGAAAACUUUUUCAGAAAUUCAAAGCUUUUCAAAUCUGGGAAAAUUGGGUCGACUCAAGUAACGACGAAAAACUUAUCAUUAGCUGUCAGUGAAUGCUUCUGGAAAAUGGUGAGGGAAACGGUAGAACAGCAAGCGGAUGGAUUUAAAGCCAUGAGGUUCAACUUGGAAACAGAAUGGAAAAACAACUUUCCAAGAUUACGUGAGCUUGACCGAGAUGAAUUAUACGAAAAGGCUCGUGGUGAAAUUCUAGACGAAGUUGUAAAUUUGUCUCAAGUUUCUGCAAAAGAAUGGGAAGAAUUGAUCACAAAGAAGCUUUGGGAAAAUAUGAGUUUACACGUCUUUGAAAAUAUUUUCCUCCCAGCAGCACAGUCCGGCUCAUCAAAUACUUUUAAUACUGCAGUAGACAUUAGAUUAAAGCAAUGGGCUGAGCAAAAAUUACCCAGUAAAUGUGUUGAGGUCGGUUGGGAAGUACUACGAGACAAGUUUUGCCAGUUUUUAGAAUCUGCCAAGGCGUCAAAAGACCACGAUAAAAUAUUUGACGCGCUUAAAGCAUCUGUAGUUGAUGAAUCUUUUAAACGUCACCAAUGGGAAGAAAAGGCCCCUGAAGUUUUAAGAGUAAUUCAAUUAAAUACAUUAGAAGAUCGUUCUGUUCAUGACAAAGGGCAGUGGGAUGGGGCCGUAAAAUUCCUUGAACAGUGUCUUAAGGAUCGUCUCCAGGCGUCGAAGGAGUUUCUACAUCAAAUGGUAGGACCUGGAACAUUUGAAAAGUGGUUAAAAUGGCGAUAUCCUUCAGACAGUCAGCAACUUCGUGCGGCAGUUAAAUCUGAAAUUGAAGCCAUUUUGAACAACGGUGGGAAUAGCGAUAAACAUGCGGCUAGUCUAUCACCAGAGGAAAUUACUGUGAUAAAAAAGAAUUUGGAAGCUAGAGGUGUGAAAGUAGACUUGGACACAAUUAAAACAACAUGGUUUGCCAUAUACCGUCAGGGCUUUUUAGAAAAAAGUUUGAAUAAGGCAUUCGAAUGCAAAAAAGGAUAUUGGAUUUAUUCAAGAGGUGUAGAAGGCGAGAUCGAUUGUAAUGAGGUUGUCUUGUUCUGGAGAAUUCAGCAAAUGCUAAAAGUUACUUCAAAUGCAUUGCGGCAGCAAGUAGUAAAUAGAGAAGCUCGCAGAUUAGAAAAAGAAAUAAAAGAAGUAUUGGAAGACUUUGGUCAAGACAAAGAUAAGGUCUGUCAACUUCUGACGGGUAAACGUGUUCAACUAGCCGAGGACUUGAAACGCAUUCGGCAGAUUCAAGAUAAACUAGAAGAAUUUAUUCGAGCGCUUAACACCGAAAAAUAGAAAUAAAAUUUAAGGUUAGGCUAGGUGGUUCUAUAAUGACAAAUAUUCCAAUGAAGUUGCUCGAUGAUUACUUAAUUUGCUAGAAUUGUGAUUGUGAUUAAUAUAUAAAUUAUAAAUACUAACAAAGUUUUAUAGAGUUGAUCGCAUAUUAUUCCGUAUUAAAGAAUAUCGUGUCCUUGGAACUCUAAA